UAUGAUCAGUAAAGUAAGCAUAAACAUAAAAUACUACUAAGUAAUCAGCAAUUACAUAAAGCUUCGGUAAAAUUCCGCAUAUAAACGUAAAAUACUGGAUGAAUCGCAAUUUCAGAGAUGAUGUUGAAUUUUUGUGGCUUUAUUCGGCUCGUAGUGUUGCAGAUUAAAGAACCACUUUGGGAAUUUUCCGGAACCAAUAAUAAUCGAUUAAAAAAAAAAAGUGCGCGAGAGCAUCAACACGGUACACAAUCCUUGAAAUCCGGAGGCCCGUCAAACAAGAAAUGCCACUUUUUUACCUUUUGGUCAUCCAGUUCUGCACUAAGUAGUGACGACAAACUGUUACCAAUUGAGUUAAUUUAGUGUUGGUUAGUAUGUUGUUAAUGAAAAGCGCGUGUAAAUAAAAAUUGUGAAUGUGCACAAAUUACUUAUAUAAAAACCAGACGAUGCAACUGAUGGUAACGUAUUUGUACUUGAUGGCCUUUUUUUCUCAAUCAAUCGGAGAUUAUUGGUCGGAGCGCCGGUCUCUUGUCUCUAACGAAAACGCCCAAAUGCUUGGAUCUAAUGUUGAGCUGAACAAAAAGGAGAGAAUUGUAAAUGAGUAUCUGAUGAAUUUAAAAUUCUCAGAGUUUGACGAAGGGUUUGAUACACCUAGCAAUUUUUUGCCUAGUCGCCAUUUUUUUCAAGCACGCCGAAGUAUAGAAAAAUCGCCGGUGUUUAAAUUCAUUAGGGAUAUGCCCAAGGGUGGGGCGCUACAUGGACACUCUUCUGCAUUGCUUUCCUUUGAAGGAUUGUAUAAUAUCACUCGCGAAAAAAAUUUACACGCGUGCUCCUUUAAUGAUAAGUUACGUUUGAAGUUUAUGCUCACACCUGCUCAAGAUCCACUCUGCAAGUGGCAACUGGUGCAUGACUUGCGCAAGGCGAAUAAAUCAUACGAUAACUGGCUUCGUUCGCAAUUAACCCUCGAUUCUGAUAAUCCAAGAGGCACAUACAGAGAUAUUAACCAAGUGUGGUCCACUUUCUCUAAGAUUUUCGCAACGGUAAAGUCUAUGAUAACCUAUCGACCAGUUUUUGAGCAGUACGUUUACCAAGCAUUAAAAGAACUUAACGAUGAUCGAGUAAUGUACGCGGAGAUCAGGGGAAGUUUUCCUGCUCUUUACGAGUUAAAUGGCACAGUGUACACUCGGACGGAAUCUGCAGCCAUCCUUCACGGUGCCGUUGCUGCCUUUCAACGAGACCAUGUCAAUUUCUAUGGCGCAAGGUACAUUUACGCUCCCCAUCGAAAAGUGAACAAUAGUGUAGCGAAAUACUACGUGGACACUGUAAACGAAUUACACAAUCUUUACCCAAACUUCAUAUUGGGGUUCGAUUUAGUUGGACAAGAAGACAAGGGUGACCCUCUUUUCAAAUUCAUCGAGAUAUUACAAUCCAUCUCGAAGAACGUCAGUUUGGUCUUCCAUGCCGCCGAAACGAAUUGGUACGGAACUAGUUCCGAUUUCAAUCUUUUUGACGCCGUACUUCUCGGGACGAAACGAAUCGGCCACGGGUUCGGUCUAACUAAACAUCCCCACCUAAUGAGGCUUAUAAAGGAAAAAAAUAUUGCCAUUGAAGUGUGCCCAAUUUCAAAUCAAGUUCUGAUGCUGGUACAAGAUCUUCGGAACCAUCCGGCCGCCUUCCUCAUCGGAAGAGGAUUUCCGAUCGUCGUAAGCUACGACGAUCCCACUUUUUGGUCGAGUAAGGGUUUAAGUUACGAUUUUUACAUGAUGUUUAUGGGCAUUGCUAGUAGAAAUGCCGAUUUAAAGUUACUGAAGAAGUUGGCAGAAAAUAGUUUAACGUACAGCUUACUGCCUGAAAGGGAAAAGGCGGCGGUAAUCAAGCAAUGGAAUAAAAUGUGGAACGAGUUCAUUGAUUUAGCAUAUCGGAAUAUAUUAAACUAUGGAAAAAUUUGGCACUGAUGAAUUAAACAUGCAUUUUUUCAUUGUUUCUUUUGGCGGUAAUAGUGAUUUAAUAUUAGGAAAAAACCAUUUUGAUCUUUCUGAUGUAUGGAAAUAAAUAAAAGUUGCAUUUGAA